AAAGGUCAAGAUCAUUGAAAAAAGGGCUUUCCCAUUCUUCCCGGUACAAUUCGUUGUCUGAUAAGUUUACUCCUUCUUGCUUCGUUUCCUAAUUAAUAUGGAAGCGUUAAUACCUGUGAUAAAUAAACUUCAAGAUGUGUUCAAUACAGUCGGCUCAGAUACGAUUCAGUUGCCGCAAAUUGUUGUUAUCGGGACGCAGAGUAGUGGAAAAAGUUCUGUAUUAGAAAGCCUUGUUGGUCGUGAUUUUCUACCAAGAGGAAAUGGUAUUGUUACCCGGCGACCAACUGUUUUACAGCUGGUUCAUAUUGAUCCUGAGGAUAGGAAAGCAGUUUUAGGUGAAGGCGAAGAUGAGCUGGAAGCUGAAGAAUGGGGUAAAUUCUUGCACACAAAGAACAAAAUUUACACUGACUUCGAAGAAAUCAAGAACGAGUUGGAAAAUGAGACAGACAGGAUGACUGGAACAAAUAAGGGUAUUUCACCUGAGCCUAUCAACCUUAAGAUCUACUCCACCAGGGUACUCAAUCUCACACUCGUAGAUUUACCUGGACUCACAAAGGUACCUGUUGGUGACCAGCCAGAGGACAUUGAGCAACAGGUUCGCUCUAUAAUCUUGAAAUACAUUAGCAAUCCCAACUCCAUUAUCUUAGCAGUGACAGCAGCCAACACCGACCUCGCAACUUCCGAAGCGCUUAAACUGGCCAAAGAGGUUGACCCAGAUGGUCGUCGGACAUUAGCAGUAAUUACCAAAUUGGAUUUGAUGGACGCUGGGACAGAUGCAGUUGAUGUUCUCUGUGGCAGAGUUAUACCAGUUAAGCUCGGAAUUAUUGGUAUUGUUAAUAGAAGUCAGAUGGACAUAAACAACAAAAAGAGCAUAGACGAUGCAAGUAGAGACGAGUCUGCAUUCUUACAGAGGAAAUACCCAGCAUUAGCCAAUAGGAACGGCACAGCGUUUCUUGCCAAGACUUUGAAUAGGCUUCUCAUGCAUCACAUUAGGGACUGUUUACCUGACCUCAAGACAAGGGUCAACGUCUUAGCCUCUCAAUUCCAGCAGUUGCUACAAUCAUUUGGUGAACCUGUUGAAGAUGAGAGUCAAACCUUGCUGCAAAUAACUACAAAAUUUGCAUCUGAGUAUUGUGCAACUAUCGAGGGAACAUCUAAAAAUAUUGAAAUUUCAGAAAUGCGGUGGUGCUCGUAUAUGUUAUAUUUUCCACGAGACAUUUGGUCGAACGUUAAGCGGCAUUGAUCCACUCGGUGGUCUCAAGACCAUUGAUAUCCUCACAGCUAUUAGGAAUGCCACGGGUCCAAGGCCUGCUCUGUUUGUGCCUGAAGUAUCAUUUGAAUUAUUAGUCAAGAGACAAAUCCGCCGAUUAGAGGAGCCUAGCUUACGAUGUGUAGAACUCGUACACGAGGAGAUGCAGCGUAUUAUUCAGCAUUGUGGCACGCAGGAAAUGUUGCGCUUUCCAAAACUUCACGACCGUAUUGUAGAAGUAGUAACAACACUACUUAGGCAGAGACUACCUACAACAAAUGCAAUGGUUGAAAAUUUAGUAGGCAUUGAGUUAGCAUACAUCAACACUAAACAUCCGGACUUCACGGAUGCUGCGGUAGUCAAUGCCCUCAUUCAUCAGAGUAAUGAUGUUAAGAAACAUCGCAUGGAUGCGCCACCUGCUGCAGAACAACUAGAGAAAGAAAGGCAACUCACAAAGGCUGCAGCACAACUUGCGAUAGCUGAAGGGCAAGAGAGAGCCCCUUGGGGUGCGUUUUGGAAAAGUGGACCCAGGUCAAAUACUCCGACAGAUAGCCCCCAAAAAGAAGUAAAGCAGCCCACCCUUAACCUCCUAUCUGAUGAGCCAACUCUACCUUCUUCAAGAAAACUUUCCUCAAGAGAGCAACGUGAUGUUGAUGUAAUAAAAAAGCUUAUCAACAGCUAUUUCUUGAUUGUACGCAAAAACAUCCAGGACAGCGUCCCGAAAGCCAUCAUGCAUUUCCUAGUUAACUACGUACGAGAUCAGAUGCAAAGUGAGCUGGUCGGUAAACUGUACAAACAAGAACAGAUAAAUACCCUACUUAAGGAGUCAGAGGUCAUGGUUCAAAGAAGGAGAGAAGCAGCUGAGAUGUUGAGGGCUUUACAACGGGCAAGUCAGAUUAUAGGGGAAGUAAGGGAAACCCACAUGUGGUAGCAACAUGUAUAGGGGAUAAAGUUACUCAUUUGAAAUGGAAAGCAGCGGUACUGAGGGGAUAAUAUAUACUAAUAUUUAGUAUGCGUCUGUGGAUUUCUGAUGGGAAUUGUUACUAGGAUUUGCAUUAUUUGACAGACAGGUGUCUGAUAUUACAGGUGAUCACACUAAUUUAAUUAUCUAUGUGUACAUAAAUGUGUAGAAAAUGCUUUAACGGUGAAAACCUUUUUCCAACGUUUUUUUUGUUGACACCGUAUAUAUCACAUUGACAAAAAAUAUUAGAAUCAACUCUAUUGCAUGGCAUAAAAAAAACAGUGCAUUAAAAAUCCAAAAUGGGAUUAAUCUAGGUUGCGAUUGCAGAUUAAACUGGAUUAAUAAUUCAAAGAUUGGGAUUAAAUAAAGAUUAAAUGUCUGGAUUGUUAUUAAAGAUUUGUAAUGGAAUUAAAGGUCUGUGUUGGGAUUGAACAUAUACAUUGGAUUAACAAUUAAUAUGAUAUGGUAUCGUCUAAGAAAAUCUAUAAAUUCAUGGUAGGUUUCACUUUAAUAAAUAUAUAAAAAAAUAAAGGGCUGGAUGAUCCCUCUUCAUGUAUAUUUUAUAGGUUUAAUACUUGGCUUUCAUAUAGAUUCAUAGAUUGAGAACACUUGCAGAUGAUUAAACUGACAAGGGGAUUAAUAUAUGACUGAGAUUUGAGAUUAUAAAUGGAUCAUCUCAGUCUCUCUAGAUAAAAAUGGGAAAAUAGACGAUUUAUAUACCGGACAUAAUCAAUGGUGAUAACUCACUAUGAUGUUUACUAAGAAGUUAAGACCCCAUGCAACAUUUUGAACUUUGUAUAAAAAUACCUUCCUACAUAACCUUUGACAUUUAUUCAGGUAAAAGGUGAUUAUAUUCCUCCUUGGUCAACAUAUCAUUAGUAAACUUCAAUAAGCAAUUGUCCCUUGUAAAAUUAUUCUUAAAUUAAAUUGUUAUAUGCUGAACAUACAGCUAAAUAAUCA